AUUGCUUGAAAGAUCGAUCAGCUGUUAUCAUUUUUCGUUAUUACAAUUCUGAUGGCAUUGGUUUUAUUAAUUGUAAACAACGUUUCAGGUUAGGUUGUGUGGUGUUGUUUGUAAUAUUACUGCUUAUUAUUACUGCAAGUUUAUAAAUUAUUUAUUACUUAUGAAGCUUAGUUUAAAAAUUUAGUUCUGUUAAUCCUAGUAACGUCUAAUACAACACAAAAUGAAUGAUUCCGAAGCACUUCAUGCUUCGUGCCUGACAAUAGAGUCUAUGAAAGCAAUAUCCGAAAGUAUCGGUAUUUCAAAUUUAGCCGACGAAGCUGCAAAGGAACUGGCGGAUGAUGUAUCAUAUAGAUUAAAGCUAAUUAUUCAGGAUUCUGCUAAAUUCAUGCAUCACGGUAAACGUCAGAAAAUGCUCCCCAGUGAUGUGGACAAUGCUCUCAAAAUCAAGAACAUUGAGCCUCUUUACGGAUUCAACAGUGCCGAGGCUAUUCCGUUCCGAUUCGCCUCAGGUGGUGGGAGAGAACUCCAUUUUCAAGAAGAGAAAGAACUCGACCUGAGUGAAAUCAUUAACGGUGCAACAGCCAAACUACCUCUUGAAGUUGCUCUUAGAGCUCAUUGGAUGUGUAUCGACGGUGUACAGCCGACGAUUCCCGAGAAUCCUCCUCCUGUGUCCAAGGAAAACCAGAAGCUAGAGGCCAUUGACCCCAUUAACAAGGCCGCCAAGCAGAACAAGGAGAAAGGCGAGGCGGCUGGAAAACCUACUACAGGAAAACGGCAGAAACUUCGCAACGUAGAGACCGUUCACGUGAAACAGCUAGCCACACACGAGUUGUCCGUCGAACAGCAGCUCUACUACAAGGAGAUCACAGAGGCAUGCGUGGGUUCCGACGAGGGCCGGCGAGCCGAGGCGUUGCAGUCACUGGCUUCGGACCCGGGUCUCCACGAGAUGCUGCCGCGAAUGUGCACCUUCGUCGCCGAGGGAGUCAAGGUCAAUGUCGUCCAGAACAACCUGGCGCUGCUCAUCUACCUAAUGCGCAUGGUCAAGGCGCUGCUCGACAACCAGUCGCUCUAUUUGGAGAAAUAUCUGCACGAGAUAAUUCCGUCAGUUGCGACGUGUAUAGUGAGCCGGCAGCUGUGCAUGCGGCCUGAGCUGGACAACCACUGGGCGUUGCGUGACUUCGCCUCACGGCUCAUGGCGCAGAUCUGCAAGAACUUCAACACAUCCACCAACAACAUACAGACUCGAGUCACCAGGAUGUUCUCCUGUGCCGUCAACAGUGAAAAGUCACAUCUGUCCUCGCUCUAUGGCGCCAUCGAAGGACUUUCCGAGUUGGGGACGGAAGUGAUCAAAGUGUUUAUUCUUCCGAAAGUGGCUUUCAUUUCCGAGCGACUGGAACAACUUCAAGACGGCCAACAUCCCAGUAAUACUGAUAAACUGGCUGCCGGCCAUAUAAAACAUCUACUACAGAAAAUUCUGACACCGAUGCUGAAAAGCAUGCGACAACCACCGGACAUAUUGGACGAGUACGUUAGUGAGUACGGCGCUACACUGGGCGUCACUCUGCACACGGCUGUGAUGAAGGCACGCACUGCCCCCAAUGCUGGCUCCGCCCCUUCUCCCGCCUCCGGUCCAGCCACCGCCCCCCAGUCGCAGCAGCCCAUACAGGCCACCCAGCCGGCCAUCAUACACUCGGGUGUUUCGCAACAGGGACGUACCAUAAUGGUGGGUAACGCCUCUAGGCCAGUGAUGAGCUCAGCGCAACCAUCUCAGAAAUACGUCAUUGUGACGUCACGGCCCUCUUCGGCCCAGUCCCCUGUGCCGCAGAGUCCGAGCGUUGGUGGCGCGACGGUGGUGGCUGGUGGCGCCACUUCGACCGGUGGCAUGGCUGGUGGCGCGACCACAGUGGUGAGUGGCCCUGGUGGCGCCACUUCUAGUGGCUUCGUGAAGCUGGGCACUAGUAGCAAAGUAGUCGUUGUCAAUACUGUGCAGUCAAACGCUAAUCAGCAAUCACAACAGCAAUCGACAACAAAACAGUUUGUCACUUCCAGUCAACAACAAACGACCAUCAAGGUUGAACAGGACGAUUUGUCAUUGAUGGAUAUUGAUGAAGGCCCUGACUGAGUCCACGUUAUUAUUUGGACAUCUUUUUAUACUGACAAACAAAUAUUAGAUAGUGAUGGAAAAUAUCUGUAUCUUAUAAAUGAAAUUAAAGAUUUUUUAAAUAGAU